AUGUCUGACUUUGUAAAGCCAGAUACAUCAAAAUGGAAGCUAUCAGACCUUGAGCUGGGAGCGACGUUAGGGACAGGUUCCUUUGGGCGCGUACGCCUCGGGAAGCUGAAAGGAACGAAUAACUACUACGCAGUGAAGUGCCUCAAGAAGCGUGAGAUCAUCAAGAUGAAACAGGUCCAACAUCUCAGCCAAGAAAAGCAGAUUCUAAUGGAGCUCUCACACCCGUUUAUUGUGAACAUGUUGUGCUCCUUCCAGGAUGAACGCUGUGUGUAUUUGGUGCUUGAGUUUGUGAUAGGCGGAGAGGUGUUUACCCACCUUCGCUCUGCCGGCCGGUUUCCAAACGACGUAGCAAAGUUUUACCACGCGGAACUUGUGCUUGCCUUUGAAUACAUUCACGGAAAAGACAUCAUCUACCGCGACCUGAAACCGGAGAAUCUUCUGCUGGACAGCAAGGGUCACGUUAAGGUGACAGACUUUGGGUUUGCGAAGAAAGUGCCGGAACGUACCUUUACACUUUGUGGCACACCGGAGUAC